CAUUCCCUGUCGAGGCCUUCGAGCUCAGAGAUUAUUGCAGCAGCAGCAGCAGCAGCAGCAGCGGGAUUUAUUUGCACAUCGCUCUGAAUACAUUUGCAUGUUUUGGGGCUUGCCUUCUCUUAAAGGAGCGGCCCGCCGAGGCUACCAACCUCAGUUGCCAAGUUCAGCUGCCAACCUCAGCUGCCAACCUCGCCAUGCUCCUGUCCCUGUCCGUGCUGCUGCUGUCCGCCCUCCUGGGGCCCGCGACCCCCGCCCCCGACCCUGGCACCCCCCGUGCCCUGCGACUCACCAGGGUCAGUGGCUUCUCAUGGGAGAACUGCGACGAUGGAAAGGACCCAGCGGUGAUUCACAGCCUGACGGUGUCUCCUGACCCGAUCAACGUCCCUGGGGAUCUGACUGUCAGCGCCUCGGUCUCCACCAAUGUCUCACUAACUGCUCCUCAGAAGGUGGAGUUAAUUAUGGAGAAGGAGAUGGCAGGCCUCUGGAUCAAGAUCCCUUGUGUGGAACAGAUGGGGAGCUGCACUUACGAUGACAUUUGUGAGGUCCUCGACUCUCUCAUCCUUCCGGGGCAGCCUUGCCCUGAGCCUCUGCACACCUAUGGCCUCCCCUGCCACUGCCCCUUCAAAGAGGGCACCUACUCGCUUCCAGAGAGCCGUUUCUCCCUGCCAGACAUAGACCUGCCCUCCUGGCUCAGCAAUGGCAAUUACCGCAUUGGGGGCGUACUGAGCAGGGGGGACAAGAGACUCGCCUGUGUCAAGAUCUCCGUCUCCCUCCAUGCGAAGUGAGGCAGGCCUGGGCACGAGGCUGGUCACCAGCUUUCUUCCUCCUGGAGCCCCGAGGAAGGCCCGUCUUGAGAUUGAAAUGUCCUUCCCCUUCCCUUCUCCUUGCCUUUCUUCUCCUUUCCGGACUGGCUAUAAAGCAGCAAGGUCUCGAAGGCCCUGCUCCGUGAACCUUUCCAUCCCUUGUCUCCCACCCCCCCCAUCUCUAACUCAGCUACCUCUUCUCACAUUCCGAUUUCUAACCAGGCCUGAGGGCUCCCCGCUCCUUACUCUUAUUCCUUUUCCUUUCUUAUUGUCCAUCCCCAUCAGUCCCUAUUUGAUCACUGCAAAUAGCUAAAUAGGGACUGGACCUGGGGGCUUCCCCCAGAGGGACCAGUGGGAGACCCUCACCAUCCCUGAAUCCUCUUCUGAGGGCUGAUCUGUCACCUCGGGCCCCAGAAUACUUAAUUCCAAUUUUCACAUGGAAUUUUUUAUUUUUUAAAUCACAACAUUAACAUUUACCUUUUUAGUAUCUUCAGCCUUCCUCCUGUCCCCGAUCCUUCAUAGCAGUGACACGUUCUGCCAUCCUGCCCAGCCUUUUCCUGCAUCUGCUGCAGUGUGGCUAGCGGGUCUGGACGGUUGGCUACUUUCCCAGAGGCCCUCUCUCCUGGGUUGUUGGCCCAGUAUAUUCUGUGCACUGGAGAUGUGUGGACAGCAGCUGCCCCAGUGAAACCUCACUGAUACCCAUUGAGCAUUUACUGUGGAUUUCUCUACGGUUUCCAGUUUCCAUAAAGAACCCUUGCUUGUCCUCUUCAUUCCAAAAGUUUCUGUCUCCUAUUGUUUGCACCGGUGGGCAGGAGCGGGUCAGCACUAAAGGCCCGGGCCUUUUUGUUUUUCCUUUCAGUAACAGAACAAGGAGUUUUAGUUUCAGGCAUUCCUUUUCCCAGGGGAUCAAAUGGCUUGCUUUGCAGAGAGAACAACUGCUUCUGCUGCAGGGAAGCCCACGCCGGCUUUUCCACAGGCCACUGUCAUGACUCUCUGAACCGAAGCUCCAGGCCGUUUUUCCGCCAGAACUCCACACCAAACAACUCAAUCCAUCCUCAGCUUACCAUCGACCACCUUACCCAGGCAAUUUAGCCCUCAUGGAGUCCCAGCACCGAGGGAACGUCAUAGAAUUGGUCAGUGCCCCAAAGUAACCCAGAAACCUAGCUCUCUCCUGCCAGCUUGGUCACCAAAUCUCAUGUCUGGGGACCCCAAGGGAGCUAGGGAUGCAGAGGGUGAGUUCCUGCCUUAGCACUGCAGUCUGCAUUUCUUUAUUUCUGUAACACUCUGUUGAAUUGUCUCACAGAUCAGUAGUUUUUAUGGUUGUCAUUUUUUCCUCUUGGGGGAAAUUCUAGCCAUCCUACCGACAGGAUCCUUCCUGCUCCCUGUGUUCUGGUGGUUUUUUCUUCUGGCCUGUUGCACCAGGCAGUGACAAACAGGGUUCUCAAAGCUGAAUUCUCAAUAAAUCUUUUUUAACUCACCAAGAAGUGCCAGGAUGUGCUUCUGCAAUUAAAUCUGAUUUACUGAUUA